AUGCUCAGGAAUGAUAAGUCACAAACUCCAUACGAUACAGCACUUGUCAACAACCGAAAUGGUGUGGCAGCUUUGCUUGCCUCGGGGGAUAAUCUUCGUGUUCAACUGUAUUCUAAUAAUGGAGAAAUAUUUGCAAGUUCGACGCCACCAGCUUUUAAGUGCGCCCGAUUGCUUAUGGCGAGACAUACUCGAAGUGUGCGAGGCAGAGCUGUGCAAGCGUCUCGUGCUUCACCCAGAUCGACCCAGUCAACCCCAACUCGUCAUCCGCAUAAUGCUCCUUCUCCAUACAGCAACGUGUCUACGCCACACUCCGUUGUGACAACUUUCCUAUCGCCGCAGUUCGCAACUGCAACGCCG